UGGCAACCGGCACCUUAACCAAAAACAAAAUGGCGGCACCCAUCUAAACGGGUAAACGUGCGUCGGGUGCCGAGUGGCGAGGACCGAUUUUCCGAUAAUUCAGAAGAGGUGCUGGCAAAGUUCUAAGAUGCGGCUCACGAACGUCCUGCGUUGCGCUUCGCGGCUUCCCAAGGACUACGCCAACCUGCCGGAGUCGUAUGUAAAGCGUUCGAUGGCCAUGGUGGAAUGGCGCACUCCCAACGCGCCCCAGUACCAGCGAAAGGUGAUACAGCGCACCCGGUUCCACUACAACAUGUCGAGGCCUUGGACGGACGGGUUCAAGUCGGUGAACAUGCCGGGAAUUAGGCGUCGCCGAAUUUACGUCGAACCCAUCGAUUGGACCGUCUUCAGGGGAGAUCGGGUGGAGGUCCUCGUUGGCAGGGACAAGGGGAAGCAGGGCAUCGUCAACUACAUCGUCAAGGAACGCAAUUGGGUCGUCGUCGAGGGUCUGAACUGCUACUACAAGCACACAAGAUCCGCUGGUCAGGUCCAGGUCGCGAAAGUUGAGGCUCCUCUCCUGGUCACAACCCAGGUUGCCCUUCUGGACCCCACUGACAACAAGCCAACUAAAGUUGAGUGGCGCUACACGGAGGAAGGCAAGAAAGUCAGGGUUUCCGUGCGCACCGGCCGCAUCCUGCCCAUCCCACUCAUGGCCGAGGAGACCAUGGACUACAAGUCCAAGCAGACCUACUUCGAGCAACCAAAGGAUACAAAGGCCAAGGACUUGGAGAAGAUCACCUACGUUCCAAAGUUGAUGACCUUUGCACAAGAUAUCAUGGAAGAAAUGGGAAUUAAGGAGGAUCGAAUCCCUGCAAAGACGUACUGGUACUAGGUUAGCUCCUGUGAGCAGGGAGCUGGGCCGUUUGUUUGUUAAUAAAGUAAAUGACUGUAGUUUUC